AUGAUUGAGGCUAGGGAUUUCGUGAUCUACACGGAUCACAAGCCCCUAACUCAUGCAUUCCUAACGAGGAAAGAAAACUGCUCACCGAGACAGUUUCGACACUUAGAUUUUAUCUCGCAAUUCAGUACCUAUAUACGGCACAUUGCAGGAAAAAAUAAUGUGGUCGCCGAUACCUUGUCACGAGUCGAGGAAAUCGCACAACCCAUAAGUCUCGAAAAGUUAGCCCAAUGCCAGCAAGCUGAUUGCGAAUUAAAACUAUUGCUGGAAUCCAAGAAUUCCCUCCAACUGCGAAAAGUACGAGUACCCGGCUCAGACGUGGAGAUAUACUGUGACGACGAUGGCAACACCUUGAGACCAUUCGUCUCGAAGAGUUUGCGCCAACUGGUUUUUGAAAACUUGCACUCACUAAGACACUCAGGCGGUAGUGCCACAGCAAAACUCGUUGCCGAAAGGUACGUUUGGCCAGGAGUGCGCAAAGAUUGCCGAGAGUGGGCACGUGCCUGCCUGCAAUGCCAGCGAGCCAAAGUCACACGUCACGUAUCUGCACCCAUCGGUAACUAUUCCUUGCCAAAGUCAAGAUUCGCCUUUUUGUAUAUUGACUUAAUCGGGCCCCUACCUAUAUCCCAAGGCUACCGCUAUUGCCUUACAGCCAUUGACCGCUUCACGCGAUGGCCCGAGGCAAUACCCCUGCCUGAUAUAACAGCUGAGACCGUGGCUAAAGCUUUGCUGAGUGGUUGGAUAUCACGCUUUGGCUGCCCGACGGAUAUAGUUUCAAACCGUGGUAGACAAUUUGAAUCUGUUCUCUUUAAGCGCCUAUCUGAUAUCGCAGGAUUUAGGCAUAGACGAACAACAGCAUAUCACCCUGCGUGCAAUGGAUUAUUGGAGCGAUUUCACCGACAGUUGAAGGCUGCUAUCAUCUGUCAUGCGAGUGAAAACUGGGUUGACUGCCUUCCACUCGUUCUAUUAGGGAUCCGAAGUUCUUUUAAGGAAGACAUCAAGGCGUCAUCUGCGGAGUUGCCUAUACUCUUCCACAUGGCCAGAAUGGUGGACGCGAAAAAAAUUGAGUUUUCUCCAAGAUCGGCUAAUGCGGAUUGCGCAUGA